UAGUGGUGCAUGUUUUUGAAGGGGCUCAAAUAACAUGCCUCUAAUUGCAAAGUCAUUAACAUUAUUUUUCAGAUUGUGAGACUGAAACCAAAGGCAGUGAAAGGAGAACAAAUAAAAUAUUUAAAGGUGUGAAGUUCAAAUUACAGAAUUAUACCCCAUCACUAUGGAAACAGAGCCCAUGGUCAGCCCCCAAUCUCCUAAGGGUCCAGUGUCCCAGGAGGAUUGUGGUCUCUGGAUGGAGGUUGGCUGUAAACCGACAGAGGACACAGAUAUGGCCAAAGACAACUCCUCCCUGACUUCUGGGGAAAAGCCCUGUGAGGCCUGGCAGGCUGUCAUACCACCUCCCCCUUUGGUCAGUGCAAGCCACCCCGAUAGGAUGGAAGAGGAUGACGACGUCUUCAUCCUUUCCCCACCAUGCAAAGACCCCUCUUGUCCAGAAGAGGGCAGCACUACAGAGCCCAAUGUAAAAGUCUCAGUUGGGGCCAUAAGCGUCACGGAGGCUAAAGACAAUCCCAGGAGCUUAGAUGGAGUUCAAUCUGAGCAGCCUAGCAGCACUCCAGUCAUGGACAAGGCUACAGUAACAGUGGAAGAGGAGCAGCAGACUGAACUGAAGAAGGGAGGAUCUGUGGAUAUCACAGUGCUGACUGAAAGACCUGGCUCUGUCACGCCACCACCAACAGACGGAUAUAAAGCAGUGGGUGCCAGUAGCCCUGAGCAGCCACAUCCGAACAUGGAAACCAGCAUUCUGAAAGAGACAGAUUCUGUCCCAUCAUCACAGACAAGGGAGUCUGAGCCAGAGCGCAGCCUUGACAACAAUAGUCAUCCAACCCAUGAAGGGACCAUCAUAGAGCCAGAACAUACAGACGAGAGUAACAAUGAUGUUGAGGACAUGGUCGAUGGUAGAUCACUAGACUACAACAUGACCAAAGACGAGUGGGUCAGGAGAGACAGUGCUAGCAGUGACGUCCAGUGCCUCCAGCCUCACCUAUCUAUUUCAAGAGGCUUAUCCAGAGAACAAGUAUUAGUGCCCUCGCCUCAGUCACCUGCCUCUGAGCAGCAGGAGCAGCAGGAGGUUAGCAGCCUGACAGUAGCUGAAGACAUCCAGCAGGGGGAGCAGCUGCUGCAUCGCCUGCAUCUGGUACAACAGAGACAGGACGGACAACAGGUGCCACAGGAGCCUCCGCCCGCACACCAGGUAGCCAUGAAGACAACCAAUCAGGAUACAGGCUACCAGGAGGUAGAGCAAAUCGAGUGUAGGAAUGAAGAGGAAGAAGAAGAGGAAGGAGGGAGUGAGGGAAGCGGUGAAGAGAGAGAGCAGGGAGAGAGAGUACAGACUGUCGAGGUGGAAGAGAGAGAGCAGGGAGAGAGAAUACAGACUGUCGAGGUGGAAGAGAGAGAGCAGGGAGAGAGAGUACAGACUGUCGAGGUGGAAGAGAGAGAGCAGGGAGAGAGAGUACAGACUGUCGAGGUGGAAGAGAGAGAGCAGGGAGAGAGAGUACAGACUGUCGAGGUGGAAGAGAGAGAGCAGGGAGAGAGAGUACAGACUGUCGAGGUGGAAGAGAAAGAGCAGGGAGAGAGAGUACAGACUGUCGAGGUGGAAGAGAGGGCAGCGGUAAGUGAGGAAGACACAGAGAUUCCAGAGAAAGAACAUUUUGAAACAGUGGCAGGAGAGAAAGCGGAGGAGGUCCAGUCUCAUCCUUCUGCCCAGCUCAGUGUCCAACCUAUGGUCAGGAUUGAGAUGGAAUGCAGUGACGAUGACCAGAGUGACAGCGGGGUGUCCACUGACUUCUCCCCUGUCGGCACACACGACAUCCACACGACCACAGCCCCCAUCAUGGACAACAAGGCUCCCCCACCCCAGAAGGAGACUCCCAUCGAGAGGGAGAUCCGGCGAUCUGCUGAAAGGGAGCAGAGCCUGCGUCGGUCCAGGUGCAUGUCAAACACCCAGGAAGGUCAGGAGGUGGUAGACAUCCCCCUGAUGAAGACUCCGCUGCUGGCUAAGACACUGUCCUCUAAGGCAGGGCCGGGGCAGGGCGCUGACUGGCAGUUCUCAGAGAAGAAGAUGCAGAAGGAGAUCAGCCAGGAGAUCCAUAGGGAGCUUGUCCUGGUGAACAUGGGGAAGAUCCCUGGAGUCUACAGCAAGGGAACAGUACGCCAGAUGAGGGAGAGGAAGCUGCUGUUUGAAGCCUUCCAACAAGGCAAUGCAGAAGGACCCACCAGGCACAGGAGACCCCUCACCACAGCAGGCCUGGGGAUGAGAGGUCAUGUCUACCCCUCUGUGCUGGAGAGGACGCGUAGCAUGGAGCUUGUCUCUUUUAAAGGCUGCCCUCUCUCAAGAGCCCACUCCCACCAGCUGUUUGACUUAAAGGCCCAAAAGGAGGCUAGCUCAGGCCAAAACCCAAGUGCAGAGAACCAACCCGCCGCUAAAGGAGCAGCGAGGAAGGUGGUUAUUCUGGAAAGUGACGACACAAUCAUAGCCCACUAUCCAAACCGAGACAGAGGAGCUCAGCGCCUCUACAGAAGCCUAGACUGCCUAAGUAUAGGGGGUACUGUCUCUACAGAGGAGGAGCACACGGAUGAGGUGAGGGUAGAACAGCCAGCGGAUGAGGACGACAUCCUCAGGGAGAACCCCUUCUUUAAGCUGCGUCCCUCACUGGCCAUGAAGCCGGAGGUGGAGAGGGACAUCCGGGAAGCCAGGGAGAGGGAGGAGGAGCUGCGCAGGCAGAGGUGUAGUCUGUACGGAGAGGCAGGAGUCGGUGGGGGCAGGCCAGACAGCACAGAGGACCCCAGCCCAGACUCACCUACCACACGCAUUCCCUCAUCCACCUCCUCUUUCACAGCAUCAGUUGAUGGCCGACAAUCCAAGGGGAAGUUGGAUCGGACCUGGCCUCCUCCCAAUCCUAAGAGUGCUAGGGUGAACCCUGGACAAACACAGGAGCCCAAGGUUUACAAGGCAGGCGGCCAGAAAACUCCUCUGUGGCAGCGUUGGGAGGCAGGUAUGGUGAACAGGCCACUGCCACGGGAACAGGACUGAUACUGGAGGUCAUCAAUACCAGGACUUCUAUAAGAUUAGCGUUUCAAAUGUAUAAUUAAGGAACUGGGAUGGUAGAACUGCAUAAUUCACUACGACGGCAGAAACUUGAAUUAGUGUUAGCUUGAACAUUCCAUGCUUUGUAAGACUAAAAUCUGUUUUGUAUAUAACAUUACAAUUUCAUUACAAAUAUUCACAAUGUACAAAAGACGUCCUCUCUCAUUUAACUGCUCUGCUUGUAAAGGUUUAACUCCUGUUCAGUGUUCGAUCAAAAUGACAAAUAUCAUACACAAUUCAGAGAAAUGUCAUUAUCAAGGACUGCAUAAAUGUGAAGGUAAUCAAAACUACUAUAAAUGUUUCAAUAAACGUACAAAUGCCGUAAUCAUAUCUCAGCCCGUACAUAUCUCCGUUUUGUCCCAUCAGGCUUAUCAGUAUUGUACAGUUUGUUAUUACAAUCCAGUGAGGAGAAAUUAAGCGCAUACAUUAAAUAUCCUUUUCAAAUCAA